AACACAGUGAAAACUCGAGUGUGGGUGGAGCCCAGGGAAGUACGAGCUGGUUGCCGCCACGGCACUUCACGUUAUUACCCAAGCCUGACGUCAGCGCAUCCACUCGCCACCUUGGGUUUUCUAUGGUCCGCGUCCGCGUCACGUUCCUUGCGCUGCAGCCGCACUCUAUAAAUGGCGGGGCCUUUGCCUCCAACAGCGGCACUCGCAUUUACACUGCUCUACAUUUUCGAUUUUAUCAUUCAAAUUUUUCUGUUGACUUGCUUUCAACUUGUUUCGAUUUUUGGUGUCUCUGCUUUGUCUUUUUGAAUUGAUGAACUGCUACUGAUCUGCUGCUGAAUUUACUCUAAUACUGUUGCUGAGUGGUUGGCUGUGGCUAUUAAUGGAUUCUGAAAAUGGAAUAGAAGAUGCCCUAGUGCUUCCUUCGUAUGAAGACGAGCAUGGAGGUGUCAUAGUGGAAUUGAAGGAGCCCAUGGAUCCCACUGAUUUUGCUCUCAUUCUCAAAACUUCACUUUCACUGUGGAAACUGCAGGGCAAGAAAGGAGUAUGGAUCAAAUUACCAAUUGAAAUUGUCAUUCUUGCUGAAACUGCAGUCAAGGAAGGAUUUGUGUAUCACCAUGCUGAGCCUCAGUAUUUGAUGCUUGUAAAAUGGAUUUCUGAAACUCCUAGUACCAUUCCAGCAAAUGCAACGCACCGGCUCCGCAUUGGUGCUAUUGUCUUGAAUGACAAAAGAGAGUUGCUUGUUGUUCUGGAAAAACAUGGCAAAUUUAAAGGCACGGGAAUCUGGAAGAUCCCUACUGGAAUUGUGGAGGAGGGAGAGGAUAUCUUUGUAGGUGCAACAAGAGAAGUGAAAGAGGAAACCGGAGUUGAUUCAGAGUUCGUUGAUGUGCUGGCAUUCAGGCAAAUGCAUGAGACCUUAUUCCAGAAGUCAGACUUAUUUUUUCUGUGCACGCUGAAGCCUCUGUCCUUUGCGAUCCAAAUUCAAGAGUCUGAGAUUGAUGGAGCCCAGGUAUGAAUCAAUGUUAUAGGCACAAAUAGUUUACAUAUAUCUAGAGGUUUGUUUACAAAAUUUAGUUUGCUUAUUACUAUAUUUCUAUUAUAUAUAUAUACACACACAUUUAAUUUAAGGUCAGGUCAACAACAUAAUAUGAUAUAGGGUUAAUUGCAUCAAAAUACCUGACCUUUUUCUAAAAUUUGAUUUUUUGACAAACUUUUUAAUUGUAGCAAAAAUUUUAGCUACAUUUCAAUUUAUUGCAAUGUCCGUCCCGCGUAUAUUUCUGGCCAAAUCCAUUCAUUUUCGGCCAAUUUAUUUUAGCUACGUUCAAUUUAUUGCAAUGGAUUUGAGACGAUAAUGUUUCAUUACCCGGCACGACAUGCCACCUAAGCUUUACGGAGGUCCACCUCAGUAUGGAUUUGGCCGGAAAUAUACGCGGGACGAACAUUGCAAUAAAUUGAAACGUAGCUAAAAUUUUUGCUACAAUUAAAAAGUUUGUCAAAAAACCAAAUUUUGGGAAAAAAUCAGGUAUUUUAAUGCAAUUAACCCUAUGAUAUAUUAUACAGUAUUUAUCUAUUAUAUCUAUUGCUAGUAUCUUUUUCUUUAAUUUAAGGAUAAUUAGAACUAUAAAGGAAUGUUAUGCUAUAUAUCUACCAUGAGGGCCUAUUGUCAAAAUAAAAAAUAUAUGAUCCA